GAGGCGGCCGAAUAUGUGGCCGGCUACAUACUCCAACGCAUCAAAGAAUAUGAUCCAACACCCGAACGUCCAUUUGUUCUAGGCUUGCCGACCGGUGGCAGCCCUACCGAAGUCUACAGGCUUCUUGCCGCGAGCUACAAGGCCGGUGAGGUUUCAUUUGAGAAUGUGGUCACCUUCAACAUGGACGAGUACGUCGGCAUACCACGAGACCACCCACAAACAUACCAUUCCUUCAUGUGGACUCACUUCUUCUCUCACGUCAACGUCCGCCCUGAGAACGUACAUAUACUCGAUGGAAAUGCCCCUGAUCUCGAGGCCGAAUGUUCCAGGUUCGAGGAUGCUAUCCAAGAAGCGGGAGGCAUUGAUCUAUUCCUCGCUGGUAUCGGUGAGGAUGGCCACAUCGCUUUUAAUGAACCCGGAUCCAGUCUUGGAAGCCAAACUAGAGUGAAAACGCUGGCGUACGAUACGAUCCUUGCAAACUCUCGCUUUUUCGACAACGAUGUGAACCAAGUUCCUCGAAUGGCGCUCACGGUUGGUGUUCAAACUGUCCUGGAUGCCCGAGAGGUGGUCACGCUAGCUCUUGGCGCGCGCAAGGCCGUCGCGCUCCAGAAAUGCAUCGAGGGAGGAGUCAAUCACAUGUGGACGCUGUCAAGUCUUCAACUUCACCGACACUCGAUGAUUGUGGCCGAUGAAGAUGCAACACUCGAGUUGCAAGUCAAGACUGUUAAAUACUUCAAGUCCAUCGAACAG